UNCCGAUUGAAGUUUACAGAUUAGUUAAUAAUAAUGAUUUCAUUUUCAUUUGCCUGCCGACUUUCAUCAGACAAACAUUUGCCUUUGUACGCAUCUAUUGCUUUACGAAUUACAGGUACCUAUCUUAUAUAUAAUAAUAAUUCAAGAAUGAAUAACUCUGACGUGGGUAACACUAAAAAGCGACACCGUUUAUCGGGAUCGGAGUAUAAAAAAAGACGUGCAGCGGCGCAAGCUGAAAUUGCCAAACAAUCCGGCUUAAUGCUUAAAUUUUUUAAAUCCGAACAUGAUGAUACUGUUGAAUCCAAAGUAAACAAUGAAGUUGUAAGAUCUGAAGUUACAGAUUUUAAUUCAAAAAUGGACAAUUCAAAUGAAAAUUUAAAUUUGGAUGUUGAAAUUAUUAAGGACCCUGCAAAGUGGCCUGUAAUUAAUGAUAAAAUGAAAUUACUAUUAGUCAAAAAUAAUCCCCUUCAAAUAAAUUUAAAUUAUUACCCAUUAGAUGAUUCUAAAAGAAAGUUUUCUAACGCUCACUACUUUAAGACAUUAUCUAACGGAGAAAAGCUAAAUAGGACCUGGCUUAUUUAUUCAGAGUCAAGUGACUCAGUAUUUUGUUUUUGCUGCAAAUUAUUUAAAAAAGAUUUAUCUUCUCUCUCUAAGCAAGGUACCAGAGACUGGAAAAAUAUAUCUCAUAUACUAAUACGGCAUGAAAACUCUCCAAAUCAUAAAAUUGCGUAUGAAGAUUGGAAAAUCCUUCAGACUCGAAUGAUGCAAGGAAAAACUAUCGACGAUGAAAAUCAAGCUUUAAUUCGAAAAGAAACAAAACACUGGAAAGCCGUAAUGGAAAGAAUUAUAUCUCUUAUUCAAACUUUGGGAAUGCAAAAUUUAGCUUUACGAGGCAGUUCUGAUAAAUUAUAUGAAUUCGACAAUGGAAAUUUUUUGAAAUUAAUUGAACUUCUGGGAAAAUUUGACCCUAUAAUAAAAGAGCAUAUUAGUAGAAUAACAUCUCAAGACAUACAUACUCAUUACCUCGGUAAAAAUAUUCAAAAUGAAAUAAUCCAACUUCUAGAUAACAAAAUAAGACAAAAAAUAAUAUCAGCAGUACAAAAUUCGAAAUACUAUUCUAUUAUUUUGGACUGUACACCUGACGUUAGUCAUAAAGAGCAGAUGACAAUGAUUAUAAGAUUCGUAACAGCUACCGAAAAGAAAGAAAAUGUUCCAGCAAAAGUUUCUAUAAGUGAACAUUUUUUAACAUUUAUUGAAUUACAUGAUACUACUGGUUUAAAUAUGACUAAUGUUUUACUUGAAACACUUAAAAAAUAUGGUAUUUUACUUGAUGACAUGAGGGGACAAGGAUAUGAUAACGGUGCCAAUAUGCGUGGUACACAAAAUGGUGUCCAAGCAAGAGUUCGUCAACUUAACCGAAGAGCGUUCUAUGUACCAUGCAAUGCUCAUUCAUUAAAUUUAGUUUUAAGUGAUUCUGCUAAUUGUUGUCUUGAUGCAGUUAUAUUUUUUAAUAUAAUUCAAGAAGUCUUUGUUUUUUUCUCUGUAUCGACUCAUCGAUGGAAUGUCUUAUUAAAACACAUAAAUAAUCUAACUGUAAAACCCCUUAGUGCGACCCGCUGGGAAAGCAGAUUAGAUGCAGUACGAGCUAUAAGAUUUCAAGUCAAAGAAAUAUAUUCAGCCCUUUUAGAAAUAUCUCAAGAUAAUUCGUUGGUAAAUCCUUCUGGAGUAAAAAGUCGCGCCGAAGCAAUUGGUAUCAUCAAUAAGUUUUUAAGCUUUAAAUUUUUGUGUUGCUUGGUAGUUUGGUACGAUGUUUUAUUUGAGAUAAAUAUUACCAGUAAAAUGUUACAAUCAAUAUCGCUUGACGUUUCUGAAACAGUUAAACAAUUAGAUUCAACUAAACAUUUUUUAAUGAGAUAUCGUUCUGAUGAAGGAUUUGAAAAUACAUUGAAGUCUGCUAAACUACUAGCAAACGAGCUUGGAAUUGAAGAUUCAUUUCCAUCAAUAGAUCAAAGUAGAAUUAGACGUACAAAUACACAGUUUAAUUAUGAGUCAUGUGAUGAUCCCAUAAUUGAUUCCAAACAAAAAUUCAAAGUAAACUUUUUCAAUGCAAUUUUAGAUAGAGCUAUACAAUCAAUUAACGAAAGAUUUUUACAACUUUCUGAACAUGUAAACUUAUUUUCAUUUCUUUAUGACAUUUCCAAAAUAAAAAAUAGCGAUGAACUUAUGACUCAUUGUAAAGAUCUACAACUAGCACUUGCAUCAGAUGACGGCUUAACUUCUGACAUUGAUGCAGUAGAAUUAUAUAAUGAAAUAACAGCUCUGCAAAGACGGUUCAAUGAUACAGAAACUAAUCCUCGAAUUGUUUUGGAAUAUAUUUGUGCAAAUCAAUUAGUUGAACUUUUUCCUAACACUUUUGUAUCGUUAAGAAUCCUUUUAACACUACCUGUGACGGCUGCCACUGGGGAAAGAAGUUUCUCUAAAUUAAAAAUUAUUAAAAAUUAUUUACGAUCUCAAAUGUCACAGGAUCGCUUAGUGGGCCUUGCAAUGAUUUCAAUCGAGAAAGAAUUAGCCUAUAAUAUGGACAUGGAAGAAGUUGUAUCUGAUUUUGCUAAUGCAAAAGCAAGAAAAGUCAAGUUUUAAUUUCUAAUACCAUGUUAAUAUUUAUAUUAUGAUUUAAUUAACUUUUAUUAUAUUACAAACUAUUUUUAAAUUGUUUCGUUUUAUUUAAAUUAGUAGAGAUUUACUUAUGUAUAAAUAUAUCAAUCUAAUCAAUUGUUAACUUUAUACAAAUAAAUAUAAUGAACUCAGAAUUAACUAUAUUUUAGUAAUGUUUAUGUGAAAAAAUAUUUGAUGUAGUAUUUACAUGUAUAAGG